AUGGGGUCCAUAGAGCAGCUACAGCGCCAGCUCGGUGGCUUUGACUUCAGCAACCACAGCCGCAAUGUCUCGUUGCUACUGCGCGCGGCAGGGGCAGCCACAGGGGCAGCCGCAGCAACACCAACAACUGGCAGCGGCAUGCCACCGCUGCGCAAGACUGGUACAACAAUUUGCGGCGUUGUUUUCCAGGGGGGAGUUGUCUUAGGCGCAGACACCAGAGCCACAGAAGGGCCGCUAGUCGCCGAUAAGAACUGCAACAAGUUGCACCGCAUCAGCAGCAACAUCUACGCAGCAGGAGCCGGGACUGCUGCAGACCUCGACCACAUGUGCGACUGGUUAGCCACUCAAGUUGAACUGCAUAGGCAGAGCACUUACGCGAAGAAACCCCGUGUGGGCAUGGCCGUUUGUGCACUCAGUCAGGAGCUCUUCAAGUAUCAAGGAUAUCGGGGAUGCGCCGUUGUACUAGGCGGAGUCGACCUUAGGGGCCCCUCUCUUUACAAGAUUCAUCCACAUGGCUCCACCGAUUCGGCCAGCUAUGCAGCGAUGGGCAGCGGCAGCCUCAAUGCCAUGGCCGUCCUGGAGGCUGGAUACAAAGAUGGGAUGAGCGAGGCAGAAGCCACUGCUCUGGUAUGUGCGGCGAUUACUGCCGGUGUUUUGAACGACCUGGGCAGUGGAGGCAAUGUGGACUUGUGCAUUAUUAAGGAACACGAAACGAGACACAUGCGCCAGUUCUCUUCUCCUGCCAGAGUCGCAGAAAAGUCUGUGUAUCCUCCCUAUGAAAUCGGCACCACUCCAUUCUUCAAGGAGCAUAUUGAGCAGGUCAAGGAGCACGUCGCGGUAGAACAGGAAGUAGAAAUGGUGGAGGCCCUCUGA